AUGGACAAGCCCAGUGCCGACUUCGUCGAGCACGUUGAGGGCCAGCAGCUGGGGCAUAUUGCAAACCAAGAGGAUCACGAGCUCAAUAAAUGGCAGAGCUUGAAGAGAUACCCCUGGGCCUUCCUCUGGUGUGUCUAUGCCGUGUGGUGUGUUCUCCUCGUCAGCUUUGAGAACCAGGCUUCCGGCAAUGUCACCGGCAUCCCGGAGUUCCGGAAGGAUUUCGGCCACUACUAUGACGGAAGCUGGGUGCUGGACGCCAAAUGGCAAUCAGCAUUCAGUGGCGGCCCUGUCGCAUCCGCUGUGGUAGGCGCCUUGUGCUCGGGGCAGAUUGCGGAUGCCAUUGGGCGGAAAUUAACCAUCUUCAUUGCCCUCCUGAUCAGCGUUGCCGCUGUAACCCUGGAAUUCCGGGCAACAACCAAUGAGAUGUUCUUCGGUGGGAAGUUUCUCAAUGGGUUUGCUGUGGGUGCAUUGGCCUCUGUGCCUGUUACCUAUGUCGGCGAGAUCACCCCACUUGCUCUUCGUGGUGUUUUAACCUGCCUGACGGCUCUCGCCUAUGUGAUCGGGCCCCUUGUGGUAGCUCUCAUUACCAACUGGACCGGAACCUACUCGAACCGCUGGGCAUACCGCGCUGUUUUCUGUGCCCAGUAUGGGUUCGUCGCAACUUCCUUAGCCGGUAUCGCAUUUAUGCCCGAGUCGCCCUGGUGGCUGGCGUCCAAGAACCGCGAUGAGAAAGCCUUGGCGUCACUUCGCAAGCUGGGCUACAGCGAGAGCGAGCAGGUGAAAAAGCUUGCAAUGAUCAAGGUCACGCUAGAGGAAGUGAAACGUGAGACAGAGGGCGCAACAUAUCCUGAGUGUUUCCGACGCUCGAAUCUCCGCCGAACAAUUAUCUCCAUUAUGCCAUUAAGCAUCCAGGCUCUCUCGGGAGUGGUCUUUACGGCGGGGUACUCGACCUACUAUAUGCAGUUGGCUGGAUACAGUACAGCGAUGAGUUUCAAGCUGCAGAUCGUUCAGCAAGUAGUCUCAUUGGUCGGGAAUGUGAUGUCUUACUUUAUUAUUGAUCGGGUUGGGAGGCGUAAUGUCAUGCUGUACGGCUUAGGAAUCCUCACCGUCAUUCUCAUGCUAACCGGUGGCCUGGCGGUGGUCGGAUCGGAAACCGACAACCCCAAUUCCGGGGGUGCUAUCAAGGGCACGGUUGCUUUGAUUCUUAUAUACUGUUGGUGGUAUAACAUGACGAUUGGAUCAGCAGGCUACACUAUUCUCGCAGAAGUUUCAACAUCCCGGCUGAGGAUCAAAACUAUUGCCAUUGGACUGGCCUUGCAAAAUGCGCUGUAUACCAUGUGGUCGUUUGUUCUGCCAUAUCUGUUCAACCCGGACGAAGCGAAUCUCGGUGCCAAGGUUGCCUUUAUUUUUGGCGGGCUGUGUGUGAUAUGCCUCGUUUAUCUAUGGUUCUUCCAACCUGAGACCGCUGGCAGGACAUACGGUGAGCUGGAUGAGAUGUUCAUGAACAAGGUGCCUGCAAGGAAGUUCAAGUUGUAUAAGACUGAAGCAGAAGCCAUGGGCAUUGCUGCGGCGGCCGCCAAGGACGAGGCUGGGCUAGACGCCUAG